UAAAAAUAAGAUAUUUUUUUUCUGCUGAUAACUUUUUUUUCAUUUUGCUUAAAAUAAGUAAUUCAAUGAAAAAAUAGGUUAUUAUUAUGAAGUAAUAUUGUACAGACGCUUUCAUUGUAAUUAUCAUGAAAUCAUGUGUUUGACAACGAAAAUGAAUAAAAUAAAAUACAAUGAAAUAUCCACAAUUUUACAGAGCACAAAAUAACAAUACUUAUUACAAAUAUAUCUGUUAAAAAAUCCAUUCUUUAUAUACUUUUAUCUCUUCCACUUAUACGCUUGGCCAUUUUUGACAAUAUUAGAUAUAUAAAUAUUCAUUUCUAUUUAUAUUUAUAAUUUAAUAUAUAAAGUAACAUUAACUUUAUAAAAUGAUUAAAAAAAACUGUAGAUAUAAAUACUAUAUUAAUACUAUAUUUAUAUUGAUACUACCUUUCCAUAUUGUGCACUUUUAUUUAAUACAUGUAACCAUGUUCUUGCGUUGAUAAAUCUUUUUAAAAGAACUAUUGACUAUUCUAUCAACAAAGAUAUAUUCAGAAUCGUUGAAUAUGAAUAUACGAUAGUUUUUUGUUCACAUCAAGGAAGAGUUGCUUUAAUGAUAUCAAGUAAUUUGCUUCAAAAAACAAUUUUAUUAUUCAACCAUUUUUUAUCAAACUUUACUCCUUAAGAAUGUGCUAACAAUUUAAAUUAUUCGAUAUUAAAUAAAAAUUGUUCAUUAUUUUUAAAAAUUUUGUUGUACUUAAACAAAAUUUUUUUAUAAGUCCUUUUUGAUCAAAUACUACUAAUUCGUAUUUGGAAUUUAUAAAUAUUGAAGACAUGGCGAAAAGGUGAUUUAAAUAUGUAAAUAGUUUUAAAAAAUUAGAAUAUUAAGAAUAAGGAGUAAAAAAAUAUAAAAUAAAAAUGUAAUAACAAAGAAUAAAUCAUGUUUUAACCAUUUGCUUACAUAAUUAUAUUUUUAAAGUUUUAAAAAUAUUUAAAAAAAGAAGAGUAAAAUAGAUUUCCUGAUAAAUUAUUAAAAAAAAAAUGUCAAUGUUGAAAUAUUCUUUACAAUGUUUUUUAAUAAUACUAAAAAUAUUAUAACGUUUUUAUAAAUAAUAAUACGAAUUCUGAAUUUUAUUAAUUAUAUUACGCAUUUGAUUGCGAAUUAUCGAUCAAACUUGAUCGAAAAAAUGACAGCAUAGAAACGAAUAAACGCAUAGGGAAUUCUCAUUUUUCUAUUAUUUAUGACAGAGUAGCGACACUUGGAAUGGAGAAAACUAAGACUGCAUUUUGUACAGAUAUGGAUAAAUCUGUGAUAGUGCAUAAUUUUGAAAAAAGAGGUUGGUCACAAGUUGGUCCACAAGAUGAUUGGAAUGUUUAUUGGGCAGCUACACAAUCAUGUAGAAAUAUUUUUAGCGUAGAAACCGGAUAUAGAAUGAAUGAUAAUCAGAUUAUAAAUCAUUUUCCAAAUCAUUACGAAUUGACCCGAAAAGAUCUUUUAGUAAAAAAUAUUAAACGUUAUCGCAAAGAUUUAGAACGGGAAGGGAAUCCUCUCGCAGAAAGAGGAAGUGGAUCGGGAAAGUAUCUUCAUUUGGAUUUCAUACCUGUUACUUUUGUUUUACCGGCAGAUUACAAUAUGUUCGUGGAAGAAUAUCGAAAGUCACCACAAAGUACGUGGAUUAUGAAACCAUGUGGGAAAUCCCAAGGGACAGGAAUAUUUUUAAUAAAUAAAUUGAGUAAAUUAAAAAAAUGGUCGCGGGAAGUACGAAAUCCAUUUAAUCCAAAUCUUACCAAGGAAUCUUACGUUAUAUCUAGGUACAUAGACAAUCCACUUUUAAUUGGAGGGAAAAAAUUUGAUCUUCGUUUAUACGUUCUUGUUACAUCUUUUCGUCCAUUGAAAGCUUAUUUAUUUAAACUUGGUUUUUGUCGUUUUUGUACUGUAAAAUAUGACACCAGUAUUCAAGAACUGGAUAACAUUUAUGUACACUUAACCAAUGUUUCUGUACAAAAACAUGGUGAUGAAUAUAAUAGUAUACACGGUGGAAAAUUAAGUUUACAAAAUUUACGUUUAUAUUUGGAGAGUACGCGAGGGAAAAUUGUAACGGAAAAAUUAUUUUCAAAUAUUUCUUGGUGCAUUGUACAUUCGUUAAAAGCUGUUGCACCUGUAAUGGCAAAUGAUCGUCAUUGUUUCGAAUGUUACGGUUACGAUAUUAUUAUUGAUAAUAAAUUAAAACCAUGGCUCAUUGAGGUCAAUGCUUCUCCAUCAUUAACAUCGACAACAGUAAAUGAUCGAAUAUUAAAAUAUAAAUUAGUAGAUAAUAUUAUAUCUGUAGUUUUAUCACCAAGUGGAAUACCUGAUGUAAGAUGGAAUAAACGACCACGUCCAGAAGCAUUAGAUAAUUUUGAACUCCUUUUGGACGAAGAACUAUCGACACAAGAGGAGAAAGUCAAUUCAAUAGAUAAAUAUCGAAAUUUAUCUGGUAAAUGGAAAUAAAUGAUAUAAUUAUAACAAUAUCGGAAAUAUAUUUAUGCCUUUACACAAUGAUUUUUUAAAAUAGCAUAAGGAAAUCAAUAAACUAAUAUGCGUAAUUUCAUUAAUUUAAAAUACAUUAAUAAAAAUUUUAUUUUUUGUACAAAUAUCUUACAAACGUACAGCGCUAUACUUUCAUACAAAUGUAAAAAAAAUAUAAACAAUGAUUUCAGUCUUCAAUACUAGACAUUAUUAAUAUAAUACGAUAGAUUCCUUCAAGGCAAUGUAAAAUGGCAGUGCGAGGUCAGAACCUUUAAGACUCUUAAUAUAUUUUAUACAGGAUUCGAUAAUUGUGCUAUACAUUAUAAUGAUAAUAUUUAAAUGAUUAUGGCACAAUUUUCUAAUUGAGCUACAUUUACAGGAACAAUGAAGUGGACGAUGUGUACAUCGGAUAAAAUUUUACGUAAUGUAAUCAUUAUUACACAUAUUUCACAUACAUCAGACCUCAAAAUAUUUAACGAAUAUUCAAAUAUAUUUAUGAUGUAUUAAGUUGAAAUUUUUCUAUUUACAUAUUACAGUAUAGAGAAAAAUUUUCUUGAAUAUUACAAUAUAACUACAAAAUGGUUUUUCAUGUGCAAUUGUUUUACUGUUACGAUAUAUUUGAUAUUUCGUUCAUGCAUUCUUAUCAUGUAUGUACAAACUACUAUAACAUGGUUCAAUUUAUAUUUAGAUAUUUUGCAAGUUUUAUUAGACUUUCAUUACUUAAAAUACUUUUGAUAUUAUUAGCUUAUUAACGUAGAUAUCAAGUAAUGCAUGCUGCCUGUUUAAAUUACUUCAAAACCUGAUAUGUUUAUUAUUUCAAAUUAUGUGUUUAAUAAUAUAUACUUAUGUACAUGUAUCAGAAAUUAAGACUUUCUAUAAAAGAACAGAGAUCUCUGAUCAUAAAAUGAAUAAUAAAAUAUAUAAUGCAGCCUUUGGUUGAAUUCUACCGUACAUAAAAAAUAUGUGAAUGUGCUUAAGAGUAAUAAAAUAUAAUGCUGUAUAUGUAUAUGUACAAGUGUAUAUACAUAUACUUAACUAUAUAGAAUAAAAAUAAUAAUGUCAUAAUUAACAAAAUAAUAAUAAAAUUAUAUACCAUAAUAUAGAAAAGAAAAAAUAUUAUCUACUUGGAUAAAAACAUUAUUGAAUUUUAACUGUGAGUAUUAUCUUCAGGUUUAGAAAAAAAUAUACAUUUUUACAAAAUAAUAUGAAUAUACUUAACACACUUUAUCAAAAUAUUUGUACAAGCAUUUGCACAUUUUCACAGUACGUAUACAUUACUGCAUUUAAACCUCCUAAAUUAUAUGUAGUAUAUAUGUAGAUAACCAUAGUAAAUAGGCACAAUGGGUUUAUAUGCUAAUAACUGAAAAACGUACUUAGACUUUUCAAAUAAACCAAAUACAUAAUAUGUGUGUUGCAUCACAUAUAUGUACCACAUUUUCUAGAGAAAUGUAACAUUUGAUAAAAUAUAAUUUAAUCAUAUUAUUAUUUAUAAAAGAAUACCUGAAAUUGGUAUUUAUAGAAUCUAUAUAGAAUAUAGUAUUCAAUAUUAUGUAAACCAGAGACGUGCAAAUUUUUUGUAAAAGGAGAAAUGAUUCUCCCGCUACUGUUAUUUAAUUAUCCCCAUUCAAGUAUGUUGACUUUUCUCCAGCGUUUUUAAAUAUUAUAAUUAUUAAUAAACUUCAUUUAUAGACAAACAUGAUAAUAGUAGUGUAGCAAUGUAACAAUAGUGAACAAAUGCUGGAGAGUAUUAAUAUGAUAGAAGGAAGAAUCUGCUAAGGAGAAAUAAAAGAAAGAGUAAAGAUAAGAAACAAUUGGUAAUGUAAAUUAACUUUGCACGUUUCUAGUAUAAACGACAAAUAUGUCUACAAUUUCUACUUUAGAAAAAAUAUUGUGUAUGCAACCAUUAUCUUUUUUUAUAAUCUUUAGUCAUUAAUUAAAAACUCAUCUUAAAAUAUGUAAAAGAAUUUGUAUAAGAGUAACAUGAUAAAAAAAUGAGGGAGCAUAAAAAUGGACGUUUGAAGUUAAUAAUCUAAUGAAAUUAUUAGCUGCCGAUUUUUUUUUUUUUUUUUU